ACCUUUGUAGGUGUACGUAGUGUGCGUGAAUUAAAGACCAACAGUCCAAAGAGAGAGAGAGAGAUUACAGCUUUAAAGAUAUGUAGUAGGACCAGCCCACCAUUAAUAUCACCUUCUACCAACCUUCCUCUUCCUCAAGCCUACAUUUUUCUAAUUCAUUACUCCUUGUUUUCUUCAAAGAAACCUCUGCAUCAUAUACACCUACAAGCAGCCAUCAUCCUCUUAUCUUUCCAUUCCUGCUGACUUUUCUUGAAAACAAAAAGGAGGUGGGGUACUUAUUUUCUUGAUAAGAAACAAAGAAGUUUUGUGAAGGAAGGAGGAGAAUCUAAAGGGGUGGUUUUUUUUCUUCUCAUGGGGAUAUGUUUGAGUGCUAGAAUUAAAGCUGAAAGUCCAUUUCAUACAGGGCUAAAUUCAAGAUCUGUUAGCACCGAUGGAGGGAAUGAUAGCAAUCCCAGCUCCAGGGUACCACCAGCUACUAGAAGUGAAGGAGAGAUAUUACAGUCUCCAAAUUUGAAGAGCUUUAGUUUUUCUGAUCUCAAAACUGCCACCAGGAACUUUCGUCCUGAUAGUGUGCUGGGAGAAGGUGGAUUUGGAUCGGUUUUCAAAGGGUGGAUUGAUGAGAACACGUUCGCAGCUACCAAGCCUGGGACAGGCGUGAUCAUUGCUGUGAAAAGGCUAAAUCAAGAAGGUUUUCAAGGUCACAGGGAAUGGCUGGCCGAAGUAAACUAUUUGGGACAGUUUUCUCAUCCUCAUCUUGUAAAGUUGAUUGGCUAUUGCUUGGAGGAUGAACACCGGCUUUUGGUUUAUGAGUUUAUGCCUCGAGGAAGCUUGGAAAACCAUUUGUUUAGGAGAGGUUCUUAUUUCCAGCCUCUAUCUUGGAGACUACGCUUGAAGGUUGCUCUAGGAGCUGCAAAGGGGCUUGCUUUUCUACACAGUGCUGAGACAAAAGUGAUAUAUCGAGACUUCAAAACCUCGAAUAUUUUGCUCGAUUCAAACUACACCUCUAAACUCUCAGAUUUUGGACUAGCUAAGGAUGGGCCAACGGGUGAUAAAAGCCACGUCUCUACAAGGGUUAUGGGGACCUAUGGAUAUGCAGCUCCAGAAUACAUGGCCACUGGUCAUUUGACUAGCAAGAGUGAUGUGUAUAGUUUUGGAGUUGUCCUCCUCGAAAUGCUAUCUGGUCGUAGGGCAAUCGACAAGAAUAGACCAUCCGGAGAACACAACUUAGUGGAGUGGGCGAAACCUUACCUGGGUAACAAACGUAAGGUCUUCCGCGUUCUGGAUACCCGUCUUGAAGGCCAGUAUUCAAUGGACGUGGCGAGUAAAGUAGCUAACCUUGCCUUGCGGUGCCUAUCAAAAGAUCCUCGGUUUAGACCAAGCAUGAGUGAAACUGUUAAAGAACUGGAGCAACUUUAUCAGCAAUCUAAAGAUUCUGGAAAUACUCGCACUCACAGUAACAACCGGCCUAGACCACGUAGACGGAGUGCUGGUGAUGUUACUAGUAGAAACACUUCAGUUGCUUAUCCGAGACCGUCUGCUUCUCCUCUUUAUGCUAAAUAAUUAAACAAAUGAUUGAAAGAUGCCUUAAUUUAUUAUUUUUUGUCUUUUAUGUUUUUCAUGCUUGAUGAGUAGUUGAGGCUGAUGAAGAACCUGCACAUACAUUUGCAGAAUCAGCCGACUGAUUGUACAGUUGUUUUGAUUAAUGUAUUGUAUCGAUACUUCCUGUAGGUCCUGAAUGUGUUUGUAACUUGAGGUGACGGUUUUUUUUUGACACAGCAAGGGAAUGCAAAGUGCUAUUUUGCAUAA